UAUACCCUAACCAUAUACUUUAUAUCCUAAACAACGAACCGUCAAAGAUUACUUAUCAAGUUUAGUAUAAAUUGUUGUAAUUAAUGGUUAAUUUAUUUAUUAGGCCAUUAAAAUUUACAUACAUAUAUACAUAUUAGCCUUCAAAGCAUAUAAGAAUAAUUUUAACUAGUCAUGCCCUCCAUAUAAAAGUUAAAGAUUCAUAUUUCAAAAGUUAAAAUUAUGAAAAACCAAAAAAUUGAAAAUACCAAAUUUGUUUCCUUCUUUCUUUUCACAAAAAUACUAAAAUUUCACUCCUUCUUUCUCCUUCCAUACAUUAGAAAAACUAAAUUUUCCCUCAUCUUUCUCUUCCAUAAAAUUGAAAGAACCAAAUUACCCUCUUCUUUCCUUCUACAAAAAGUUGAAAAGUCAAAAGUUUCCCUCCUUAUUUCUCAUUCAUAAUCAAAAAAAUCAAAUUUUCCCACUUCUUUCUCUUCCCACAUAUCAAAACCACCAAAAUUCCCACUUGUUUCUUUUCUAAAAUAUUCAAAGAACCAAAUUUCCCUCUUCUUUCUCUUCCCAAAAACUUGAAUACACCAAAAUUUCCCUCUUCUUUUAAAAACAUCAAAUUACCAAAUACAUUACUUUACUUUAUUUAUAUUUAAUUAAUAAUUUUAUUGAAUAGUUAAAUUAACCAAAAAUUUUAAUUUAUAUAUUAUAUUAAUAUUGUCAUGAUCUCAAGUGACCUUCAUGUUUCAAUUUUUGUCAUUUUCUUAAAAUACGUAAUAUCAAGUGAGUUUCAUAUUUUUAAAAUUUCUUAUACGAAAUGAAAAAAUAAUUUUACUUAAGUUUAGAAUGAAAAACUUUAUUUUGAAAAACUAUGUAUUGUAUAUUUUUAUAAUUAUUCAAGUGGAUUAGAUGAACUUCGGGUUGAGUCGGUCGGGUUACGGGUUAGUCGGGUUCGGGUCAAUCGGGUUCGGGUUAAUCGGGUUGCGAGUCAGUUGGGUUGCGGGUCAAUCGGGUUCGGGUUAAUCGGGUUGCGGGUUAGUCGGGUUGCGGGUUAGUUGGGUUGCGGGUCAAUCGGGUUGCGGGUCGGGCGGGUUACGGGUUGUUGACUUUUAGUCAAUUCGGGUUGCAGUCGGGUUGCGGGUCGGAUUGAUCGGGCGGGUUAAUCGGGUCGGGCUAUGUUUUGACACCUAUAAUUUUCAGGGUAAAAGAAACAGGGGUCCAUUUUUCUGGAUUGGGCUUUUAGGGAUACAAAGUUUGGGUUUGGCAAAUGGCAAUUGUGUUGAGGUAUCAGCUAUGCUAUGUGCCAUGUUCAUCAUGCUGCCUUAGACCGAGCCAAGGCUUAUGAUUGCCGUCUGAUCAGUAUUCACUGAACAUUACCACUUCAUCUCUGUGGCCUUACUGUCAUCAGGAAGCCUUUUUCAUUUCUAGUUUUCUUUUCCUUCUCAUUCUCUUUCUUUAGUUUGUAGUUUGUACUGCUAACUCCUUCCAAACUGGUCCUCUUCACUUCCCAAGGCUAUUUUAUGGUAAAACUUGCUGCUGGUUCUUGGGGUUCAGGUGAAAGCAUCUCUUAUGUAAUAUCCUGGGAGAAAGAUGAAGUCUUUGAGUAGUAUAGGACUUGGGCUGAGCAUAGUUUUUGGGUGCCUGUUACUAGCUCUAGUGGGUGAGCUUUACUACCUGCUUUGGUGGAAAAGGAGGUUCACAAACAGAAGAAUGACUACUGGGAGGGAUGGUUUAAGCAGCCCGGCCAAGGAAUUGUUCUACAUGUUCUGUCUCAAAAAGCCAUCAUCAUCAAACCAGGAGCUGUGCUCGUCAGUGAGAAUCACAGAUGCUCUAGUGGUGAACAAUGAGGUUCACCAAGCGAAGGAGUUUGUGUUCAAGCCAUUUGGCGGGGAUCAUGAGAGCAGUAGUGAUGAUGUGGUUGAAGGUGAGCUCAUGAUGCUGAGCAAUAACAGCCUCUCAGGCCCACCAAGGUUUCUGUUCACGAUUGUUGAGGAGACCAGAGAAGAUUUGGAAUCUGAGGAAGCCAAGUCGAGGGCUGGUGGUGGUAAAGGGUCAAGAGGGAGAAGCUUGAGUGAUUUGAUGUUGACUGUGGAGACACCAUAUCUCACCCCUCUUGCUUCUCCACCAUUCUUCACCCCUCCUCUCACUCCAAUGGUGGAUCCCAUUUCCAGUGGUGGUAGCAAUGGCAAUAGCAACAGCAAUAGUGACAACCAGAUUGGUGGGUCAUUCAGCCAUGGCCAGUUGGAGACAUCAGCUGAGGCUGAGUUCAACAAGUUAAGGUCUUCCCCACCUCCAAAGUUCAAGUUCUUGCAGGAUGCAGAGGAAAAACUGCACAGGAGGAGAAGACUGGAAGAAGUUGACGAUAAGGGGAAGUUGCAGAUAAUGAAAAGGGUUAAUAGGAAUCAGAAGAUGGCUGAAAAUUCAAAGCUUGUCCAAGGUGAAGAAGUAGAUGGUCCUUUUAUCACCAUUAUAGUGGACAAGUACAGAGACAGAGAGGUCAGUAGUGGUUCAAUGUCACAGCCUGGGCCACAUCACAACCAUUCAAAGGCCAAAGCAGCUCCACUAAGCUGCUGAAGCGAACUCAAUCCAAACUGUUUGAUGCAGUCGUCUGAUCGACAUCAAAGGGUAUAUUUGGAGCCGUGUGAUCAACAUCAGAGGGCCAUCUUUCAGUCGGAGUCUCACUUCACGAAGAUAAUUAUGCAUCAGCAGGGAAGAAAGCGAGGUUCUUACUUUUAGAGACAUUCUGUGUCUGGGUUGUUUUGAUUUUGGACAUUUUCCUAAAGAACAAAUUCCUCGUGAAGGCGUGUCCCCUUCCUGCCUCCGUGGUGGGUGGGGAAUUCCUGUUGUGGCCGAAAUGCUUAGUUUUGCGCCAUUGCUGCCUUUGUAAUUAUGUACUAAAUGUAACCACUACAUAAAUCAUUAACAAAACCUCUUACUGUUU